UUAUUCUCAAGAACUGAUCUUUGCUGAUUCAGACUGAUUCUGUCUACUCCCACUUCUUCUCUCUUGACUCUUGUUUUCCUCGCUAGUCAAUUCUCAUUCAAAUUUUAGGGUUUUAAUAAUUCCUCAAAUUGAUAAAUUCAUCACAAUCUCAUCCAUCAAUUCUCAAAAAUUUUAACGUUUGAUUAGUCUGUUUGCUUGAAUCUUGAAGAAAUUUUGAUAAAGCACUAGGGUUUUUGGAUGUAGUUUAAAGUUCAUCUGUUAUGGCUAUCAGAGACAUUGAUUUCAAGUGGUAUGAUGGAUUUUUCUUGUCUAUGUUAGCAAUGAGUGUAAUAAUUGUUUCUAUCAAUUGGAAAAGAUACCAUCUUUGUACACACCCAUUGCAUAUAUGGAUAGUGGUUGAUUAUACAACGGUUUUCAUUUUCCGGCUUUUGAUGUUCGUAGACAAUGGGCUUGCUGCAGGGAUGGGUUUGGAUCUGGGUUGGCAGCAAAGGAAAACUCGCUUCUGUGGGCGCAUUGUAGUUUUGACAGUUCUUACCUUGCUACUUUACCCCUUUUUGUGGGCUUGGACUGUGAUUGGUACCCUAUGGUUUACAAGCGCAAGGAGCUGUCUGCCCGAGGAAGGUCAGAAAUGGGGUUUCCUAAUAUGGUUACUUUUUAGCUACUGUGGACUAGUUUCCAUUGCUUGCAUGUCUAUGGGGAAGUGGUUCACAAGGAGAGAAGCACAUAUGCAACGUGCUCAACAAGGGAUUCCUAUAUCAGAAUAUGGGGUUUUGCUAGACAUGGUACGUGUUCCCGGUUGGGCCUUUGAAGCUGCUGCCGGUCAGGAGUUGAGAGGGAUGGGUCAAGAUGCUGCUGCAUACCAUCCAGGGUUUUACUUGACUACAACCCAGAGAGAAGCGGUUGAGGCUCUCAUUCAGGAACUUCCUAAAUUUAGACUAAAGGCUGUUCCAGUUGAUUGUAGUGAAUGUCCAAUCUGCCUUGAGGAGUUUUGCAUGGGAAACGAGGUACGAGGCCUCCCCUGUGCUCAUAAUUUCCAUGUGGAAUGUAUCGACGAGUGGCUUCGCCUGAAUGUGAAGUGUCCAAGAUGCCGUUGUUCUGUAUUUCCUAAUCUUGAUCUCAGUGCCCUUACCAAUAUUGGAGCUGGCACAGGCCACCCUUCUACCAGUGUGAUGACAGCAACGUCAACAUCAACACAUUUUGUGCAAGCACAACCUACUCCUAGCCGGAGCUAUCUGUUGAGAUUGCAGGGUUUUCUACACCCAAUCCGCACCGAAAAUGCUGUAGGCAAUACAGAUUCAGACACUGGUUUGGAAGCAGUAGAGGAAGGAAGAUCAACAACAGUAGUAGCUCGGACUCCUCAUGCAGGCACUGUAGUGUCAGUACCAUAAUUCACUGCUCACUCAUCAUCUCCAUCAAAGAACUAGGAGUAAGAGAGUUGCAGAAACAAAAGAUAACGUAUACAUAUAGCUUAUCUAUGUAACGGUUUUCAUGGAUUAAGAGUCAUUACCAUGUACAGCCCUGGGUUAAGUGUUCUGUUUGGUUUGGUUUUUUGGACUUGUAUCGCCACACCAAAUACUGGCUUCACAUUGAAGGAAAGAGAAUAACAUAUUUUGUUUUUUCCGCUGUCAACCAAAUUCUCCAAUGUUUUCCUGUGUA